UUGAAAAUUACCUGAUUACUACGUUAGAUGUGUUUAUUUUCUGGUUAAUGAUAAUUUUUAAACCUAAAUUGUUUACAAAAGUUUUCUAAAAUUGUACAUAAAUAUUUAUAAAAAACACUAAGAAAACUACGUUAAAUAAAGUGGUUCAGUUUUACAUAAAUUAUUAUACGUAAAUUAUUCAUGUUUUCAACGUCAACGUCUAUUUCACUAUUUGCUAGCUUUCUAAGAGUGUCUAUAUUUUUUUAUAGUUGCUGAAACUAAACUAGCUACUAUAUUAGAUGAAUAAAAUUGAUAGAUUAACAUUCACAACUAAUUUAAUAUUUUAAUUUAAAAUUUUAUAAAUUCCGACAAAGUUGGUUAUGGCCAUGGACGAAAUACGGUAUUAUAUAAUAUAAAAUAUAUUUACAAUAAAAUAAAAAGAAAAAAAGUUUAAUGCUAAAAUUUAUAGUAUUUCUGAAAUACAAUUAUUAAAACACUGUUACGUCAAUAUUAUAAAAUGACCAUUUUAUGGUUAAAUAAUAUACUCAGUGUUGGCUUAAUAAACUUAAAUUAUACCGUUUCUUAGUAUUUCAUAACAAACAAAAGGUAGUUUUUAACAGUCGGCCAUUAGAAAACAAACAAGAAUACACUUCAAAUAAAAUUCUAAUCCGUAACAUCUAAAAAGUAAAUAUGUCACAAAAUCCAAAUGAGUUACAUUGUGAACAGGACAACCUAAUAAAUUCUUACAAGGAACUUCAAAAUAACAAUCAGGCGAAAAACGACUGUAAUCGACCAAAAUCUGUACCCGCAGCUGGUCUAGGGAAGUUCUCGCAAUGUUGCAAGCUGUCAGCAAUUUCUCCAAUACCUUCUAAAGCAUGUAUACAACAAACAGAAAAGGUCAGAACUGUAAAUGAUGACUAUUGCGAAGGAACUUGUAAAAGACCAUCCUGCACUUCAACAAACGUCAAACUGAAGGAUCAAAAUUGUGCUUGUGUGAAGUUCAAUGGCUUACAAGACACAUGCCGACACCCAUUGUGCAGUACAAAAAGAGGAUGUUUAGAUGUUCCCUUUCCGUCAUGUCCUCCAGCUCGAAAAUGGAAAGCCAAUUUCGGAAAACCAAUAUAUGGCAGUAAAAAUAAAGAAAAUUGCUAAAUAUUAAUUAAGUUACACGAGUUACUAUUUAUUAACUGCGGAUUUUAAUGUAAUACACAUAUUCUAAAAUAAAAUAAGAUUUGUUUUUUUAAUUAAAAAAAAAAUAAUUAAUUUAGUUAAUCCAGUGCGAUGUCAGUUUUUUUACCCCAUCGUCUCGGAUCAAUUUUCACAUACUC